CGGAGACCGAGGCUGAUGCAGCGUCAGCGUCUUACGUCAGCGUCGGUGGAUGCCUCUGCUGCAGGGAGAAUGCAACUUGACUUUGAAGCCAUCGCCUAUGAAGAGCUCGGAGAAACGCCGCAGCUGAGGAGGGACACAGUUUUGGAAUUGCGAAAGCUCAUCCAUGCUCAGUCGGACCUCAGGUGUCCGUCUGAUGACGCCUUCCUGGUUAAGUUCCUGCGUGCCCGGAAACACUGCGUGGAGGAAGCAUUCGGCACGAUCCAGAAGUACUUCCGCGUUCGAGAACUACACCAAGACAUCUUCCAGGAUUUGUUGCCAUCUAAGGUUAUGUUCGACGCUAUAGUUCGCCAAAGCAAAGUGCUUACGCUGCUCGAAGAACGAGAUCAUCUGGGAAGGCUAGUAGGUGUCCUCAAGUCGGGCGCCUGGAAUCCCGAGGUGUGCAGUUUGAACGAGGUCUUCAGGACCGGUGUUGUGGUCGGCGAAUAUUGCCUACUGGACGAAAGAACUCAGAUCGCAGGCGUUGUAGGCAUUGUGGACCUAAAGGGACUCGGUUUCGAACACGUUCGCCACUACACACCCUCCGUGAUCAAGACGUCAAUUCAGCUUUGUCAGGACUGCUACCCAAUGCGCUUGAAAGCAAUAUACAUCGUAAACAAUCCUCCCAUAUUCGAGGUCAUCUACUCCAUUGCAAAGCUGUUCUUGAAACAGAAGCUCGUGGACAGGAUUCACUUUAUCGGACGUGACUACGAGAAGCUUUAUGAGCUCAUUCCCCGUGAACGACUGCCCGAAGAGUACGGUGGCACCCUGAACAAUUACGACUUCGACGCAUUCGAAAGGGGCUUACGAAGCAUGGAGGAGUUUUUUGUGGAGCUCAGCGAGUACGGCUACCGGGGACAGGAAGCAUAAACACGUCGGCUGGAUCCGGACGAAGUAGGAUUAUACCAGACGGGCACCUAAAAGGACCUUUACGCGAAAGGUCUUUAGGAUUUUAAGACUAUCUUUACAUUCUGCCGUACAAGACCGUGCAAGUAAAUAUCAUUUAGACGAUGUUUACAGCGAUUGAAGCCUCGUAGCUCGGUUCAAAUGCACAAAUCGUGUUCACUCCACAAAAAUAAUAUUUUGGCAAUAUAGAUCUUUUUUUUUUUUUUUUUUUCUUU